CGUGUGUCGACCGGUGUGUGCCGUUCAUUCGCCAAGUGUCUCUCGCCGGAGUCGAACGUGUGUCUUGGUCCGUCGUUAUAUUAUUUGAAUUGGUGUUUUAAAAUCAAUUUUGAAUUUGAUUGUGGUUGAUCUCUACUACUUCGACGAGUGUGUUAUUUGUUGGACCAAUCGAACUGAUCUCUCUAUCUGACACGUUUGUAGAAUUGUGUGGCUGGAGCGUUGAAAUCUCUUCCGACUUGUCAUCGCUGGAUGUGAAAUUGGAGAAGGAUCGGCUACUGGUUUUGGUUUCGGUAGUUUUGCUCCGCUGUCAUCGGCGUCGGUGGAGAAGCUGUUAAUUAGAAAGGAGCUCCACGCCAUUAUAUCAAAAGGGGAACAGCAGAUUGUCGUGCCGACAUCCGAUCCGCCUAGCGAAAAAAAGAUGGCCGCAACCGAAACCCGAUCGAGUGACGGCGUUGUCUACGUCAAACGCGACUUGUAUCCAGGAAUCAAUUCGGCCGCCAUGGAAGACGACGAGGAUGUUGAGCGGCGACACCAUCGCCAUUGCGACGACGAUGAGGACGACGACGUCGAUCACAGGCCGCCCGUCCUAAAACUGGCCCGUUACGCCAUUUCGCCCACCGUUCCGUCUCUCCUCUCGCUUCAUCAUCAUCACCACAACGGCUACACCAAUCAUCACAUGUACGCCGAUUCGCAUCCAAUGACGUCACCCAUUCCGCGCCGGAAACAGGCCAGGCCCAGAAGGAGAUCGGGCGAUUCUUCGUCUUCGCCGCCGUCGUCGGCCGCCGAUCAUCACGGCAAUUACAGGUCGACUCCGUCACCCGUUCAGGACAUGCCCGAAGAUCUUUCCGUCAAGAAAUCUUCGCCAUCGCUGGAGAUGGACAGGCAAGAAAGUGAGGAGAAUCAGUCGGGACGGAAUAGCAACGAUCAGGAUAGCCAUCGCAGUGACACACCGUUGCCAGUGCCUUCAUUGAAAGCUGAUAGCGUCAAUAGCGACAGCGCCAAGAGCGAAUUCAGUUUGGCCGAGAGAAACAGUUUGUUCUCUCCGGGUCCAUCCAGAACGCCUGGACCGAGGACUACUCCGCCGAUGAUAUCCAAUUCGAUCCUCUCAAUGACGCCAAUUCACCAAUCUGAUCGACGCAAAGGCCAGCACAGCGCACCCCGUGGCGGCCCACCUCGCGCCUGGACCAACGGUGACUUGACGGAAGCGUUGAACCACGUCUGGAACCGGAAGAUGACGACGUCGCAAGCGUCUAGGGUCUUUGGCAUCCCUUACAACAGCCUGUUGAUGUACGUCCGCGGCAAGUACGGCAAGUCGCUCAAGCUGGACACGCUGCGCAAAGAGACGCUGGAAGGCGAAGCCAUGGCCCUGGCCGCUUCCACCAGGGGCUCGUACAAGUUGGCGGCGGCGGCUGCUGCAGCGGCGGCCGCAGCCGCAGGUUCCCCGACCGGCAGCAACAACAGCAACAACCCGAAAACUAAACCAACGAAAGAAAAUGGUGGGACUAAAAGCGUUCCGGCCACGCCCAGCCCGACUGCCGGCACUAAAAACGUCAACAACAAUAACAACAACAACAACAACAUGAACAACCACAAUCACAAGAAUCACAACAACAACAACAACGACGUUAAAGUCUCUAAGAACAACGGACCCGCCAUCCCGGGGCCUUUGAAUUUGGCGGGCGUUUAUCCGCAGCCGCAGCAUCGCCUCAACGAAAUGGAAGCGCUCGGAAUGGCCGGAUUGGCUCACGCGGCCGGAUUGGGCGGUUUCGGAGGUGUCAACCCUUACCUGAGCUACUUUUGCGACUUCUCCUUCCCCAUGCCUAUGGGGUUAGGAGCAGGUCUACUGCAAGCGGCCACAGGUGCGGCAGCGGGAGCCAAUAAACAUCACCACCGGGCGGUCGUCGAACAACAUCAGGGACUGUUGAGGAAAUCGGUCAAAUCUCCGAGUAAACAUCACCGAGCCAAAAAAUCGGCCAUUUCCGACCUGGAGACGGAUGAUCACAAAGCGGAAAAAGAUGCGGAUGAUGGCGGAUCCAGUCCUCCGCUUCGCUUGACUGUGCCGAUGGAUCGGCACCAAACCGGUCAAGUUUGACACGAUCUCCCGCUUUUAUAAUCACUUGACAAAAUUAUUUUUUUUUUUAAAUUCGCUCGUUCCCUCCAACACCAAUCUCACACUUAUUAUACGAUUCCAACAACUUGUCUCUUGCGUACGUAAUUUGAAUUCGCUUUCAAACUUGAUGAAACUCACGAGAUCUCUCCUUAUCUUUUUGUUGUUUUUUUCAGUAAUAACUUUUGUACAUUUUAGCGCCCUGCCGGCCUCGUGAUUUCUUUGAUAUUGAUACUCAAGGAUACCUAUGAUUUGAAUGUUAGCCUCCAUUGUAUACUCCUGACCUACAAUACUCACGCAAGUGAGUGGAAAAUUAUUUAGCCGAAAGAAGAAAAAGAAAAAAAGAAAAAAAAAAAAGAAAAAACGGAAUCCAUCCGUUGUAGACUGUUCCAUUUGCUAAAUUCGUUCGUUUGAAUAAGCCUCACUAUGUUGCACCAUGUGAUAAAAAUGAUUAAGAAUUUCUGAACUCGGCAAAGUGUUUAACGGUGGAGGGGAUGUUUUGUGCGCAAAAGUCUUGAAAGCCCUUUUUUGGCCUUUCGUUACGGUUCUAAUGUUCCUCACGCCGAGUGUAUUCACCGUUCCAAUCGACGGCUUCCAAUGUGUCCGUGAAAUUGUCGUGGCAGCGAACAGUUUUUCUCGUUUCGAAUGUUGGAAAAUUGUUUGUGGCGAGUUGAUAUAUACGUACGAAACUAUGAGAAAAUUUCUGGAUUGAAUACAGCCCUGGCCUUGAUUUGUUGUCGUGUAUGUGUCUAUACUGUCGUUAUUGUGUCACUUGUCUGUCACUCAGAUUUAAAUUCAGUUGCAGCGCUAAAAUUUUGUGCGCCACACCCCUCCUGCCCCCCACCGAUGCACACGUAUUGUAAUUUAUUGUACACCAACCUUGAUUCACGAAAAAAAGAACCAAUACAAACACUGGGGUUUUGUCACUUA